GCAGGCGUACGGAAUGUUCUUUGGCUUUUCUCGCGAGAAGGGAAGAACGUCAGUAUGGCGGUGCUCCUUGAAACGACGCUGGGGGAUAUUGUCAUUGAUUUGUUCACAGACGAAAGGCCUAAAACCUCCCUAAACUUCCUGAAACUAUGCAAAAUAAAGUACUACAACUACUGCCUCAUCCACAACGUGCAGAGGGACUUCAUAGUGCAGACUGGAGACCCUACUGGAACGGGCCGUGGAGGCGAAUCUGUUUACUGCAAACUCUACGGAGACCAGGCACGCUUCUUCGAAGCGGAGAAGGUGCCGCGCAUCAAACACAGGAAGAAGGGCACCGUCUCCAUGGUGAACAACGGAAAUGAUCAGCAUGGCUCUCAGUUCCUCAUCACAACAGGGGAGAACCUGGAUUAUCUGGACGGAGUCCACACCGUGUUCGGAGAAGUCACAGAAGGAUUGGACGUCCUGGCCAAAAUCAACGAGGCCUUUGUGGACAAAGAUUUUGUCCCAUUUCAGGAUAUCAGGAUAAACCACACCGUAGUCCUGGAUGAUCCAUUCAACGACCCUCCAGACCUGCCAGUUCCCGACAGGUCCCCUGAGCCCACCAGAGAGCAGCUAGACAGUGGUCGUAUUGGAGCUGAUGAAGUAAUCGACGAUGCGGAUGGGAAAGCGGCCGAGGAGCUGGAGGAGAGGCUGAAGGAGAAAGAAGCCAAGACUCAGGCCAUCCUGCUGGAGAUGGUCGGUGACCUUCCUGAUGCAGACGUGAAGCCUCCUGAGAACGUCCUGUUUGUGUGCAAACUGAACCCAGUAACCACAGACGAGGACCUGGAAAUCAUCUUUUCUCGCUUCGGCUCCAUAAAAAGCUGUGAGAUCAUCAGAGACUGGAAAAGUGGAGAUUCCCUCUGCUACGCUUUCAUUGAGUUUGAAAAGCAAGAAGACUGUGAGAAGGCUUACUUCAAAAUGGACAAUGUGCUGAUUGAUGACCGACGGAUCCACGUAGACUUCAGCCAGUCUGUCGCAAAGAUCAAAUGGAAAGGGAAAGGUGGGAAAUACACUAAAGAUGACUUCAAGGCCUACGAGAAAGACUUGGAGAGCCGCUCCAAACUGGCGCUCAAAGAUCAAGUGAAGCCUAAACAAGACUCAAAGUACGACCUGCUAAUUGAGGAAGAGGAGGAGACGACGAGCCGUCGGCACUCUGAGAAGAAACACAAGAAGCACCAUCAUCACUCAGACGACGAAGACAGCAGGAAAAAGCACAAAAACAGCGAGGAGAGCAGGCGCGACAGAAAGUCGUCCGGCCAGCGCUCCCGUUCCCGUUCCCGAUCGCGCUCCAGAGACCGAGAUCACAAACACGGCAAGUCCCGGCCCAAGCACGGGAAGGAGGGGCGUGACAAAGGCCACAGGGACAGGAGCCGCAGCCGCUCGCCCAGGAAGUCCAGGGAUAAAGACAGGAGCAGAUUCAGAUGAGGGAAACCUGCAUUUUCAACUUUCAUUUCAGACCAUUUAGCCCUGACUUAAAGCAAAAAAGUAGAAAUAUUCACUAUGGUGUGGAAGUUAUCAGUCCUACACAUUUAAUCUUUUUGUAUUUUUUUUAAUCUGACAGACUUCCCCAUCACAGUGUUUACUUCUUCUCCAUCUUCCUCUUGUGACUGUGUCACAUUUAGAACAAAGGUUGCAGAAGAUCCCACAGCCCCAGACUGCUGGGGGUUUUCUAUUUCUGAAAUGUCUGCAUGGAAACUUGCUGGGUGGAGUGCCUCCCCACGCGGCGGAGGGAAAUCACUGGUGUCUCCCUCCGCCCACCUCUCACAACUGAGUUUUAUCUCAAAAUGCCACAGCUAAUAUCUUGAUGUGCAGGGUCAUGGUGAAUUUCAAAGAGGUUUUUCUCUGGGGCUUUAUCUGGUAGUUUAUGACAGCCGGUAAAGAUUAGGUUUUUGUGAAAUAUUCUGAAAUCGGCCGCUUGGUUACAUUUUAUCUCUGAGUUCAAGCAUAAUAAACAUCUUCAGUAUUUUUAUA